GUUGCUUUAAAAAGAAUGUAAUGUCUUUGGACAGGGUGGCGAGAGCGGUAAUACUUGGAAAAUUAAAGGUUAAAAAAUAGCAAGACCAGAAUCUACAUGUCCGAUUUGUUAAUGGGGGGUGGUGGCGGUUAUGUUUGAAAGGUCGGUAGUAUUCCAAGUCAGAAAGAGAAAGUGCAAGGAGGCAAAGGUCUAGGACAUCGCCUUUGUUUUUCCAUUUUGCAUCGCAAUUCGCAAUGCUGUCUUUUACUCGCAUUUCUUCUUCUUCUCUCUUUCUCUUCCCAAAAUUCAAUGUAGGGUCAGAUAGGCGGAGAAGAAGGAAAGGAAGCGCUGUUGGCUUUUGUUUUCCCUCUUUCUCGGAAUUUUUAUGCAUCUUGUCUAGCUGUUUUCCCAACCUUUUCUAUUUUCUUUAUUCACCAUCAUUUUUUCCUUUUAAGAAGAAAGAGGAAAAAUUUUCAUCUAUUUAUUCCAUUUGCAUUUUUUAUUUAUUUCGGACAUUUGAUUGAUUUCAUUUCAAAGCUCAACCGUUUGCUUAAAUUGAAGCUCCAAGAGGCGGGAAAACAGAGAAAAAGGCUUCGACGUUGACAAAAACAUAAACCAUUUUUGUUAAAAUCGUAUCGGAGCAACAUCUGGGGAAAAACAGGUCAUAAUUUCUCUCCUUCAAUACAGAGAGCUUUAAGGAUUUUUUUUGGGGCCUGGUUCAGAUCAUAGACAGGCCUUUACCUUGAAAUAAAAGGAUAAAAAUUGUUAUUUGAUUGUGAAAAAGACCCGAAGAAAACAAAAAUUUAGGAUAAGAGACAAUGAGUGAAGAAUUGCAACUCCAUGAACAAGGAGAGAAAAUUUUUGUUUCUAUUAGAUUAAGGCCAUUGCAAGAUAAAGCAAGGAACCGUAUAUGUGAUUGGGAAUGUGUUAACAAUGACACCAUCGUUUUCAAGAAUAGUUUACCCGAACGUUCCAUUUUCCCUGCCGCCUACACAUUUGACAGAGUAUUUGACAGUGAAUCCAAUACGAUUCAAGUGUACGAGGAAGGAGCCAAACACAUUGCACUUUCAGUACUCGAGGGUAUCAAUUCAAGCAUAUUUGCAUAUGGGCAAACAAGUAGUGGCAAGACAUAUACAAUGAGGGGCAUCACUGAAUAUGCAGUAUCGGAUAUAUAUGACUGCAUAGAGAGGCAAGAAGAAAGAGAUUUUGUGGUGAAAUUCUGUGCCAUGGAGAUAUAUAAUGAAGCCGUGAGAGACCUCCUUAGCCCAGAUAGUUACCCACUUAGAGUGCUGGAUGAUCCAGAGAGGGGAACGGUUGUGGAGAAACUUACUGAGGUGGCUCUAAGAGACAGGGACCAUCUUCACGAGCUCCUUACAAUCUGUGAAGCUCAAAGGCAGAUAGGAGAGACAGCUUUGAACGAAACUAGCUCGAGAUCACAUCAGAUUUUGCGCCUGACAAUUGAAAGUUCAGCCCGUGAAUAUGCUGGAGCUGGAAAUUCAAGCAUUCUUGCAGCUUCUGUGAAUUUUGUUGAUUUAGCAGGAAGUGAACGAGCUUCUCAGACCUCAGCUGCUGGUACAAGAUUGAAAGAAGGCUGCCAUAUAAACCGGAGUCUACUAACUCUUGGGACUGUGAUUCGCAAAUUAAGCAAGGGAAGAACUGGCCACGUACCAUAUAGAGACUCAAAGUUGACACGCAUACUCCAGAAUGCCUUAGGAGGAAAUGCGAGAACAGCCAUCAUUUGUACGAUGAGUCCUGAGCGCAUUCAUGUUGAACAAUCAAGAAACACUCUCUUGUUUGCUAAAUGUGCUAGGGAGGUAAGAACGAAUGCGCAGGUGAAUUUAAUUAUGUCAGAUAAGGCAUUGGUAAAGCAAUUACAAAGAGAACUGGCUAGACUGGAGAAAGAAAUGAGGAGCCUGGGAUCAGCUUCAGUUAAAGGAGAUACUGCUGGUGUGCUGCGAGAGAAAGAAAAACUCAUUGGACAGAUGGCCAAAGAGAUAGAAGAUUUGACUUGGCAACGUGAUCUUGCUCAAUCUCGAGUUGAAAAUUUGCUACUGUCCGUUAGAGAAGUUCAAAUGCUAAAGCAGUCAACAAAUUCAUCAAAAGUGGCCAAGGUUCCCUGUAAGGUUAGUUCGAACAAGCGUGAGGAUACUGUUGCACCUAGUGCCAACAAUCAAUAUCUCGGGCUUGCUGAGAAUCCUGAAGAGGAUUUUCUACUCGAUGGCAUGACUCCAAAGUUUGUUGGGCCUGAUCCAUGCAAGGAUUGGGAGAUUUUUGAAAAAAUGGAUCAAGAAUUUGAAGACAGGGAAGUUCCAUGCGUUGAAAUUGGAGACUCAAGAAAUACGAUGAAUAAAGAAGCUGGAGUUCACUUUUUGAGUCUUCACAACAAUGAAGGAAAAUUAGGCAUGGAGGAGGCCAUUGUCAAGAAAACAGGAGCUGACGACUUCAUGACCGAUCCUAAAAAUAUUGAAGGAAAAUUAACCGUGAAUGAGUCAAGUAUUGAGAAGCAAGAAGGUGAUGGUUUCUCCACUGAUCCUGAGAACAAACAAGGAAAAUUAGGCAUGAUUAUUACCACGAAUGAGAAUGUAGUAACAUCCCCACGACAGGAAGAUUUGCAAUCAAUUCCUGUUUAUAAUGAUCAAACUUACAAGGGCUUGAACCAAAGAAUUCAUGAGCUGCAAAGGACUGUCAAUUUUCUUGUCAAUGUUCAGCAUGUAGACCAGUCGCCUAGCUUCUCAGAUAUAUCUAGCUCUAAUAGCAGGAGGAGCCUGAGCAGAAGCAAAAGCUGCAAGGCAGUUGUCUCUACUGUGCCAUCUUCACCUUACUUUGAAAAGGAAGCACUGAAUGAAAGCACACCCCUUUUCACUGGAGUAGAAAGGGACUUCGUUGAAAGACCAAGAGACCUUUACCAAAAGUUUUCUGAACUGAAAUUUGACAAUAUAAGCGAAAAUAUGUCCAGGAGAAAUUCUCGAACUUCAGUUAGUAGCAGCUCUGUGGAUACGUUAAAUCUGAAAGAUUUAGAUGCUGAAGACACUUUUGGUGCAACCAAUUUUCCUCCACGACCGUGGAAGUCAAUUAGCGAGGAUCCUUUGGGAAGAAUUUCCACCUCCACUGUUUUAGCCGCUGGCGGCAGUCCAACGAAACAGCCCUCAAAAAAGCAAAUUGAUAACAACUCGGAUGACAAGCAACUACAGUCUAAUUGGCCCUCAGAAUUUGAGGAGAAGCAGAGACAGAUAAUUGAACUUUGGGAUGCAUGCAAUGUAUCAUUAUCCCAUAGAAGCUAUUUCAUCCAGCUUUUCAAGGGUGAUCCUUCUGACUGUUUGUAUAUGGAGAUAGAGCUCAGAAGAUUGAAGUUUCAAAAGGACUCAAUAUCAGACGACAAUGGUUCUCAGAGAGAGAGUCCAAUUUGCACAACAGCUUCAGGCAGUGAGAAGGAAUUGAUUCGUGAGAGAGUAAUGUUGAGCAAGCAAAUACGAAGUAAGUUAUCAAGAAAGCAAAGAGAAGAACUGUACAAGAAGUGGGAAAUUGAUUUGAACACAAAGCAGAGGAGUUUACAAGUGGCACGCCUUGUAUGGACAGACACCAAGGACAUGGAGCAUGUAAGGGAGAGUGCUGCUGUGGUGGCCAAGGUGCUAGGAUUCGUGGAACCAAGUCAAGCCCCCAAGGAGGUAGUUGGGCUCAGCAUCUUGCCCAGAUUUCUAAGCCGAAGAUCUCACAGCUGGAGUCUCAGACUCCCUUCCCUGUUUUAGAAGACGUUGAGGAUAGAGCGAAUAUAUCUAGUUGACAUCAUGUUCUUGUCAUUUCUAACUCCUAAGUCUCGAUUGUAAAUUGAAAGGCAUAUAAAGUUAAAUCAGAUUUUAGUCACAGAUUCAUUUUGAUUCUUUCUUUGCUCAUUGUUUUUCAUAUAACACAUAAUAAAUGUAAUGAAGGAAUAUUCUUCCAAGGACUUGUAAAUUAUAUCCAAAUAGCAUAAUUCCCAGUUUUUAGGUCCAAUUAGAGGCAUAGAUAUGUGACCCACGAAACCUGAAUAAUCAAACAAGACAAUAAGAAGAGGAGGUUAGCUUGCCUCUUUUAAUUUGAACUGCUUGCAUGACUGGAAAACGCUAACUCUUGUUUUCUCAAACAAUAUAACAAAUAUAGCUACGUAAAAAGGCAAAGCUGGUAACCACAUUGGAGCUUUCAGGCUUUUUAUGCUUUAUACAUCAUAGUUAAGAUUUGUAGACAGAUCCUUCAGUGAUUUUCCAGCCUGAGUUGGAACAAGACAUCUCAUAUCUCGUGGUGUAGGA